AUGGCAACAGAAGGUCAGCUAUCUGCAUUCAUCGAGCGCCAUCGGGUGCUGCUUGCAAAGGAACGAGAUGCAGAGAUCGAGCGAAGUUCUCUCUUACUCUCCAACUGUGGGCCCAAAUUACUUGAGCAGAAGGGUCUUGCGUUGGGAGGAUUAGGUGUUGUAGGAGUUAAUAUUGGACUCGGAGGCAAAACAUUGGUCGAGUUGGAACGGCCAGCAGCUUAUCAUUCAACCGUCAUUUUUCCACCUCACACUUUCAGGCCUGGGGAUUUAGCACGGAUCGAAGAAAACAUUUCUCUCAAUGGACUAGCUAAGAAAAAUACCAAGGGAAAGAAGACAGCUGCUCCAAGUAGUGCUGAAUCUAAGAACGUGCAGGCAGCCGAGGGCGUAGUAUAUAAAGUAAGGGCCAUACUGAUCUUAUACUCAAAUGUAGAUGCUGAACGUUACACACAGGUUUCUGACACUCGCAUUGUGAUCGCAGUCGACUCAUCUGAGAACAGUUCAGACAUGCUUGAAUUACCAGAGCGGUGCCGUGUGCUCAAAUUGGCCAAUAGUGUAACUUAUGAUAGAAUGGACAAGACACUUAAUACACUUGAGAAGGCAGUUAUACCAUCCUCCCGACAGGCAAAUGAUAAAGCCCAGUAUGAAUUGUCGCAGCUGACACGAGUCCUCCUCGGAAUAACACCUCCAUCGCCAAAGCUAUCUGUCCCUGAUCUUCAAUUUUUCGACGACUCACUUAAUCCGAGUCAAAAGGAAGCUGUUAAGUUUGCUCUCGAGUCUGCAGAAGUUGCCUGUAUUCAUGGACCGCCAGGGACGGGCAAAACGCAUACAUUGAUAGAAAUAAUUCGCCAACUUACCACUGUGACCCCCGCAAAUCCGAAUGCAAACCGUAUCCUUAUUUGUGGGGCGUCAAACCUCUCAGUAGAUAAUAUCCUCGAGAGACUCCUUGCCCUUCCUGCGGCGGACAAAAAUGCUAAACUGAGUGUGACUCGUAUCGGCCAUCCUGCACGUGUAAUGGCACACGAAGGGGUGCUUGAAGCCACACUGGAAGUGAAGGCUGGGCGCAGUGACCAGGCUGCCUUGGCCAAAGACGUGAAGAGUGAAUUAGAAGCAGCUCUCGAUGUGCUAUCUGGAAAGAAAAAGGGUGCAAAGGGAAAAGCACCAAGAGGCUUGGAGCGAAAGAAGAUGUGGGAAGAUGUUAAAGCACUGAGAAAAGAGUAUCGCCAACGCGAAGGCGGCGUUGUGAAGACUGUGCUGGGUGAUUCUCAGAUUGUUUUGGCGACGUGCCAUUCAGCGGGGGGAAGACAGUUGCACAAUCACACCUUCGAUGUAGUUUUGAUUGAUGAAGCUACACAGGCUUUAGAAGCAGUGUGCUGGAUCCCCAUAUUCAAAGCUAAAAAACUGAUUCUUGCUGGAGAUCCACUACAGUUGCCUCCCACAAUAUUAUCUCUCAACAAACACGAGAAAAAAGAGAAAACGGCUCCUAUUGCUAAAUCUCAGCCACAAAAGCAAGGACAAAACAAGAAAUCAAAUAGCCCGGUCUCGUCACAGAAAGCUGUCAUAUCACAGGAUAAAGAAACGUCUAAGCCCUCCGUACCACCUGUGAAUGAUGAUGAAAGCAGCUCGAGCAGUAACUCUGACUCUGAGUCUCAAUCAGGAGAAGAAAACGCUGUGGAUGAUAAAGACGAAGUGGUUUUACCAAAAGAUGAGAAGCAAAAGCGAACACCGAAGCAGAAACAGAAGAAAUCAGGAUUGAGACCACCCCGUACACUCGAAGUGACCUUGUUCGAUCGACUUGAAAAAAUGUACGGUCCAGGAAUUAAACGCAUGCUAAAUGUACAAUAUCGAAUGCAUGCUCAAAUAUGCCAGUUCCCAUCUAAAACUCUAUAUUCCUCGAGGUUAAAAUCCCACGAAUCUGUUGCAUCUCAUCUGUUGCAUGACUUGCCAGGUACAAAAACCGAUUCAGAAGAAGAACAGAAGGAGCUUCUCGGUACUCCCGUUGUCUUUUUUGACACCGCCGGAUGCGAAUACUACGAAAGACUGGAGGGUGAUGGUGACGAUGGUAGUCGCUGCAAUGAGAACGAAGGAACAGUGGUCAAACAGUGGACUCGGAAACUGGUAGAUGCUGGAAUACUUCCAUCACAAAUUGCCAUUAUCACACCAUACCAAGCUCAGGUCACAUUGUUGACCUCACUGCUUCGACCUACAUAUGGGUCUGAUCUUGAGAUUGGCACAGUGGAUGGCAUGCAAGGGCGCGAGAAGGAAGCGGUUAUUAUUAGCCUGGUACGAAGUAAUGAGAAGAGAGAAGUAGGGUUUCUUAAAGAGAAAAGAAGGUUAAAUGUCGCUAUGACUCGCGCAAGGAGACAUCUGUGUGUCGUUGGAGACUCCUCCACUGUCGUGCAUGGUGGAUCGUACCUUAAGAAGUGGCUAGUAUGGCUCGAAGCGAAUGCAGAUGUGCGAUACGCUGGGCCAGAGUAGAUUGGUGCCAAUACAGAGUCUGAUACUACAAACAGUGUCUACAUAUGUACUAAUGAACGUGGAUAAGAUUACGACCACCACUGUACGUACAGUGGUAUGAUGAAAACACAGGUAACACCCGGUGUUGAUGCAGAAGUGAUACAUGCCCGUAAGAAUGAGAAGAAGAAAGAAGAAGAAAACUACAACAAAUGAAAAAAAAAAAAGCAGACUACAGAAGCAGCGCCAGUUCGCUCAAUACUCGUCAACGUCAGAAAGAGAAGCAUACUCCGAUAGAGUUUGCACAUCUUCAUACUCUUGUACCACUUCCCUCAUCGCAAACCUCAUGAUCGGCGUUAGGGGCAUGAGUUUUGGACCUAUGAUUUCCUCUGGCUCUUCCUCCUCUAUUUGACCCAGUUCUCGGGAAGACAUAUGGGCUGAAAGAUCUCCGGGAGUGACAACCACCAUAUCGCCAUCCUCAGACGAGUCGAUAACACCUACGGCCGUAGCACUGCUCUGAGCUCCCAAGUGGUUUCCCACCAUGGUAGUUGGGAGCCGCACGGAAUUUUCCCUCACUGGCUCAUUGCCCUCCUUUGUCAUCGUCUCCGUCCAGUGUAAGUUCAGUACUCGGCCCUUGACCAUGCCAUCCACUGCACGUACCCCCAUCUCGCGGCAGAGAAGGAAGUAUGGUAGGUAUGUGGCACCAGGCUGACUUAAUCGACUCAUCACUUUGAGCAGUUGCAUGGCGCUAAAGUCGGCAGUGUAGUAAUCCCCAAUAGUCGUCGUCCCACUGCCAUCGCCUGUAGUGGAAUGGACUGCGUUACCGAUAGGGGAGUAUACCUUGAAGCCGGCAGCGCCGAGAUGCGGGUGUAAUGCGUCAGGACCGCUGCUAUUCGGUCGCGUUUGGUCACCAACACCGGGUGGAGAAGAAGCUUGUGAGGAGUGGAUGAUAUGCAG